AUGGCGGCGGACGGUGACGAAGUGAUUAGUGAUCAGGAAAAAGUUAGAAUCGUUUCAGAUUUUAUACUACAUUCCCCACCGGGAGAAUUUAAUGAGGUGUUUAACGAUGUAAGAGUUCUAUUAAACAAUGACACCCUUUUGAAAGAAGGAGCAAGCGGAGCUUUCGCGCAAUACAACAAGGAUCAACUAACGCCCGUGCGCCUCGAAGGCUCGGAACUCUACACUCUCAUCACGGACCACAAUGAGCUCGGUGGAGGAAGAUUCUUUGACCCAAGAUCCAAACGCUCCUUUAAGUUUGACCACCUACGUAAAGAGGCUUCCGAGUAUGAACCCUUCGAGCCAGAUCGAGUGGCAGAGCCGUGGCGGGCCGCACUUGACGAGGAGCUGACGGCGUACGUGGCUGCACAUUUCAAGCACGGUGCGAGCCUCGUCGUCGGCCGCACUCUCGACUCAGGUGUAGUUCAACUUGUAGCAUGUAUUGAAGACCACCAGUUUCAGCCCAAGAACUAUUGGAAUGGACGGUGGCGUUCGGUGUGGUCAAUGACCGUAGGUGCUGGUGCGGCUGAACUCCGUGGCAUGCUACGGGUACAAGUGCAUUAUUACGAGGAUGGUAACGUUCAGCUAGUGAGUUCGAAGGAGGUUCGGGCACCUGUGACUGCCAAUGGUGAGGCAGCCACGGCGAAAGAGUUCGUACGGCUGGUGUGCGACGCGGAAAACGCGUACCAAACCGCUAUCUCGGAUAACUACAAGACGAUGAGUGACACGACGUUCAAGGCGCUGCGGCGACAGCUGCCGGUGAUGCGUACCAAGGUGGACUGGGCGCGGCUCGUCUCUUACACGAUCGGUAAGGAGUUGAAGAGCCAAUGA